AUGUCUCACGAAGCCCUCAACCCCAUCCACCCCUCUGUCCUCCCUCUUCUUGACCCCGUCUUUGUGAAGCUAUACAACGACAAUGUCGCCAACACACCCAACGCCCCCAUCGACUUGUCCAUCCUCAGAUCGAAAUACUCUGUUCUCUACUCCUACGGCACUGGACCUGCUCCAGACUGCGGACGAAUCUACGACACCACCGUCCCUGGCUACGAGGGCGAGUCAAUCCCAGUGAGAGUGUAUGAACCUGCCUCGACCGGACCAUGGCCGGUUCAUCUGGACUUUCACGGUGGAGGAUGGGGCCUCGGCGACCUCCACACAGAAUCGCACAUCUGCAAACAUCUCACCGUCAAGGCCAACGUCUGCGUAAUCGACAUCGCCUACCGUCUCGUCCCCGAAUUCCCCUUUCCAAUCGGCAUCCAAGACUCCUUCGCUGCAUUGAAACAUAUCCACGCCAACGGGGCCAGAUUCAACAUCGACACGUCGCGUCUCUCCAUCGGCGGCGUUUCCGCGGGCGGGAAUAUCGCGCUGAUAUGUGCGCAUCUUGCGCGUGAUGAAAACAUCCCUCUCAAACUAGUCGUCGCCGGAACACCUGUUAUCGAUGAUAUCUCCCGCUAUGGGAAGGCGGAUGAUUCACCGUAUGCAUCUGUCCGGGAGUUGCAGCAUGCUCCGACGCUGAAUUGGAUGCGGUUGAAGUGGUUUGACAAUCUCAAAUGGCAGUCUCUUUCAACUGACCCGGCAGAGAAACAGACGCAGCUGGAGAAGGUGGCUUGGUUCGCGAAUGCGCUCAACGCGCCUGAUUUUACGAAUCUGCCCAAAACGGUCGUUUACACGGCUGGCUGUGAUCCUCUUCGUGAUGAGGGAGAGGCGUAUGCCAGGAAGCUCGUGGAGGGUGGGAAUGAGGUUAUUCAGAAGAGGUUCAAGGGUGUUCCGCAUCCGUUUAUGCAUAUGGAUAAGGAUCUCUGGCAGGCGAGCGAGUUUAUCGAUUUGGUGGCGAGGCAUAUCAAGGAUACUCUGUGGAGUUGA